AUGAAGAUUAUAAUUUUACUUCUUUCUCUUUUGGGGCUGACAUUCUCCAUUCCAAUCAACCACAUUGGUGGGAUUCUGGCUACAAGCAGCAGCAAAGAAAUAUUACGCCUGUUGCAAAGGUAUAUAGCCAUCGGUAAUACUCCACAGCAAGCUCAGUCUCGGCAAAGAGCUGUACUGCCUCCAGCAAAGCUGGUUCCAGAUCCAAACCUACCAGGAAAUCAGCCUCCAAAUAUGAACUUUCCUGUCAUCAGCCUACCACAGAAUCAGGUGUUCCCGAUAGAUAUGAAUUACCUUUCUACUCUCCUAGGAAUAUUAUCCACAAUGCAAACAUUGCCUAUAGUUGGUGGAGGAAUGACUGUACCACAGCAGCUACCGCCAGGGCAAGCAAUGCUGCCAAUUAUAGUUACACAGAUGGGACCACAGGGUGCAGUGCUCAGCUCUGAGGAAAUGUCACCUUCACAGUUUUUCACUGGGCUUCUCGUUCCUGGCAUGCAAGGAGCUAUGUUCCCUUCAGGCCAAGCUGAACCCCCUCCUGACGGUCAAGAUGGAUUUCUUCCAGUGGGCCAGGCCAAUCCCGAAGGCACGGCAGCAGGCAUCCAGAAGGUCUUCCCCACAGCCACUGAUGGACUGAGUGAGAUUCCAGGUGAAUUGUACCCAACUCCCUCUGGCUUCAGACAGCCAGAUGCUGGUACAAGUGGCAUGUUUGUAGAACCAACUGCGGACAUCAAUAUGGAACCAAGUGAGCUUCGGGAACCACCCACCUCUCUUGUAAAAUUCGAUAUGGGUAACAUGCAGAGUCCUCACAAUCUCUCUCAACCACUUGUGAGAGGAGACAGCCACAUACCCAUGAACACUGCAGCUAGUAAGCCUCUGAAUGUGCCCUGA